AUGUCGGGCGAGCUUCUUACUCGAACAAUCAUCAUUGAGCUUGACUGUGGUCAGCUUGACAAAGAAUACAAAACAAUCAUGGACGAGGAUGAGGAUGCUUUCCUCUACGGAGAUGGAGAUGAAGGUACAAAUACAGGCAAUGGAGUAACUGAUGCCGCUGCAACAGAGAAUGCUAAGCAACAGGCACCAGCUGAUCAAAAUGGACAAGAAAAUGAAACAAAAGACGCCGAAGACGAUGAAGAAGAAGAUGAUGAGGACGACGAUGAGGAAGAAGAAGACAGCGACUCUGAUCUGGAAAUCAUUGUUGAUAGCAGCGCAGUUGAUGCUAAACCACCUCCAGGUUAUAGUGCAAGACCGCUUGCUCCUUACAAUAAAUCUUAUCAAGCACAAAAAGCAGCCGGAAAUGCUGCAGCUGCUGCCGCCGCCAUAUCUACAGAGUAUACGCCAUUGACAAGACCAGGUCAAAGCAGUGCAGCAGCUGAACCUCUGACCGCUGUUGCGAAUACGUCAACAUCGGAAGCCAAACCUCUUACAGGACAUGUUGAAUUAACACCCGCACAAGCACAAGCACUUCAACAACAGCAAGAAGCACAGUCACAAUUGCCUGAAGGACCGCCUCCUCCUGCCCCAAUAACCGCACCUAGAAUUGAUAUAGAUCCUUCUGAACAGGCUUUGAUGCUUCCUCCCGAAGCUGCGGGCGGAGAACCUGGACCAUUGAUCUACCACUUGGACCCAGCUGAAAUGGAAGAGAAGCCGUGGAGAAGGCCAGGAGCAGAUCUUUCGGAUUGGUUCAAUUAUGGAUUGAACGAAGAAUCUUGGCGUGCUUGGGGUGAAAAGAAGACUAGCAUUCGACAAGAGCGAAUAGAGAUGGAAAAAGACGGAGGCUAUUCCAACAGGGAACCUACGAAUGAGCAACAAUAUCAAGAUAAUGGUAUGAUGCAACAACAGCAACAACAACAGAUGCAGCAAUAUGGAGUGCCGCCUCAACAAUCACAAAUGAUGCAAGCAAUGAUGGCUGCUACGGGAAUGAAUAUGCCUAUGGAUCAAUUGAUGGCUUUUAUGGGCAUGCAGUCUGGAGGCAGUGGCUUUGGAAUGGGACAAGGCAAUCCUAUGAUGGGCAUGAUGGGUAUGAACAAUCCUAUGGGUAUGAUGGGAUUUCCUUAUGGAGGCGGAAUGAUGCAAAAUAAUCAAAAUAUGCAACAAAAUCAAAAUUACGAAGGCGGUGAUGAGGCUAAUGGAUAUCAGGAUGACAAUGGAAAUGAAGAAGCAGAAUAUGAACCUACUGAUGAUGUUGGAGGACAAUCUUCGAAUGAUUUCACUGCAAAUGCAGCACAAGCAUCUUCAUCGGCAAAUGGAGGUGAAAACAGUGGAGCGAAUGCACCGGGACAAUUGUUGCCCAAUAAACCAUUACCGGUUGGCGAGAUUCCAACCGGUCCUGCCGCUGACAGGGCCAAAUCACCUUUACCACAACAUGUACCGACUGGACCAAAGAAUGCAGGCAGACGAUAUAACGAUCGUGAUACUGGUGCUGGCAUGGCUGAUGCACUUGAUUAUGGAGCAGGAGGUGGAUUGAGAGAUGAUGGAGAAGAAAGACGACCUUCGGUGGCAGGACAAAGAAGUCCAAUUCGUACGCGUGAUUCAUCGGCUGGAUGGGAUAAUGAUAUUCCUACAGGACCACGUAGCGAUCGAGAAAGAGAUCAUGGAAGACGUAGAACGACAAAACGCGGCGGCGAUGAUGAUACGCCACGAUCUUCCAGACAUGAUGAUGAUCAUGAUUCAGAAGCAACGGGUGACGGAAGACACAGAACGCAUUCAUCGCGCUCAACAAGGGAUUCAGCAAGGGAUACGAGGCGUACCGAUCGAAGGAGAGGAGAUACGGAAGGAGGAGACGAUCGCGAAGAAGAGGAAAGUUCAAAAUCACGUUCAAGCAAAAGCAGAUCAUAUGCUCGAUCCGAAAGACGAGCAGGAAGAGAUGCACCUGAAGAAGAUUCACAUUCUUCUUCCAGACGGUCACGCAAACGUACAACAACGGAUGACGGUGAUUUGCUCUCACCUCCACGCGAGCCACGGAGAAGAAGAGGGUAG